AGCUAGUCAACAUGGCAAGCGAAGUAGUAGAGCCACAGGCCGUCCAGGGCGCCUCGAAUGACCAGGACAAGGAGAACAAGUUCCAGCAAGCAAUCGCUUCAUGGCGGACCUCGAUCGACUCGUUUGUCACAGCCCAAGAAGUUGUCCCCAAGCUCGAAUCCGAGAAUAAACACCUUCAGUCAACCGUCGCCAAGUUGACAGCACAACUAGAAGAGACUGAAUCUCAGUUGGAACACGAGCGCGCUACCAGACAGUCCUCACAGUCAAGUCAGGACACUAAGAUCAAAGAAGUCGAAGCAUCAUGGAACGCCGUCCUGAAAGAGAAGCAAGACAACUGGGAUGCAAGAGAGAAGAGCUUGGAAGAAAAGGUCGACAACCAAGACCGCCUGUUGAAGGAGCUUAAGGCCAGCUACGACGUCGCCCAACGUCUAGGUAAGGCUGAAGACGACACAUCAAACAACCUCCACGGCGCAUCGCAGCAGGAGCUCGACCUCGUCAACCAGGAAUUGGAAAAGGCAAAUCUACGCCUGUCCGAGCUGGAGGGCCGCAACGAGCAACUCCGCCUUGACCUCGCUCAAUCUACCGCCAACCAGAGCUCAUCCCAGACUGCCACCUUGGUCGAAGACGACCCUGCCUUUCUCCGUCUACGCUCCGAAAACUCUCAACUCCUGCGAAAGCUCGAUGCACAACGCUACGAGAAGGACUCGGAAAAGACUAAGUGGGAUUCGAACGUCAGGACGCUCGAGCGGGAGUUGGAAUCUCUCAAGCAGGAUCGCGAGAGCAUCAAGCGCAAGUUGGACAGGUGCAGCGACUAUGACGAGGUCAAGCAAGAGCUGGACAUGCUCAAGUUCGCGACAGGCGACGCAGACGACUCGGACCACGAAACAAAUACCGCCCCUACCACCGACAAAGGUGAAUCGCUGGAGAAGCUCCUUCUCGCUCGCAACAAGAAGCUCUCCAACGAGCUCACCAUUCUCCGUGUCUCGCACAACGACCUCCAAUCUCGUCUCGAGUCGUUGCAAGAAGACCUGUCUAGCACAAACAUGGAAUUGGAGAAGUCACGGAACCUAACACAGACGCUCGAGGAAGAUUUGCUGCAAGCCCAGAACGAAGCCAGCAAUACCUUUGACCCCUCGGCCAUGUCGGUAGCAGGCACAUAUACCUCUCGCUAUCCCAAGUCCUCGUAUGCUGCCUCCAUACGUCGUGGUGCCAACACUUCGCCCACCUCUUCCAUCAUCUCGGGUUUCGAUACGAGCACCUCGUCGCCUAGAGGCUUGGAUUCGCUGCGCCCAGAGGCCCCCAACGCUGGCAUUUUGCCAAUGGUCACUGCUCAACGUGAUCGCUUCAAAGCCAAGAUUCGCGAGCUGGAGACGAACCUGCAAGAACAAUACUCUCUCGUAUCAUCUCUGCGCUCCGAGAUUGCCAGUCUGCAAAAGGACAAUUUAUCCUUGUACGAGAAGAGCAGAUAUGUAAACAGCUACAACACAAAGGGUGGCGCAACAUCUGGAUACUCUUCCACGAAUCCAAGCACCAUCACAAUCGAUCGCAGUAAUCCUGGUGCCGAUGCUCGCUACAAGUCGGCCUACGAAAACUCAAUAUCUCCAUUUGCUGCCUUCCGUAGCAAAGAAACCAGCCGCGCUUUUCAGCGACUAUCAUUGCCUGAGCGAGCUGUCCUGCAAGCGUCUAGACUUGUACUUGCCACGCGGACGAGCAGGAACAUGUUCGCCGUCUGGGUUGUAGGACUUCAUCUUCUGGUCUUUGUCAUGUUGUUUUGGAUGGGCGGCAGCGACACACCACACCUAGCCCACACUGUUGCUGCUGGCAACGCCGCAAUCGCUGGUGCAAGAGUAGCCGCUGGGGCGNCCGGGGGUCCAGGUGCGAAGUGGGAGCAACCCGGCUUCGGGGAUACG